UGGCCGCCCAGUACAGGUGGCCAGACUGCGCAUGCGUGUCAGUAGCGUUAGCAGCACACCCGGCUGGCAGUUCCUUCCUCGGAAGGAGAGAAUCCUCUGCCAUGGAGUCCUACGAUGUGAUCGCCAAUCAGCCUGUUGUGAUCGACAAUGGAUCCGGUGUGAUUAAAGCUGGUUUUGCUGGUGAUCAGAUCCCCAAAUACUGCUUUCCAAACUAUGUGGGCAGACCCAAGCACGUUCGUGUCAUGGCAGGAGCCCUAGAAGGUGACAUCUUCAUUGGCCCCAAAGCUGAGGAACACCGAGGGCUGCUCUCCAUCCGUUACCCCAUGGAGCACGGCAUCGUUAAAGACUGGAAUGACAUGGAGCGCAUUUGGCAAUACGUCUAUUCAAAGGACCAGCUGCAGACUUUCUCAGAGGAGCAUCCUGUGCUCCUGACAGAGGCACCUUUAAACCCGCGGAAAAACCGGGAACGAGCUGCUGAGGUAUUCUUCGAGACCUUCAAUGUGCCAGCCCUUUUCAUCUCCAUGCAAGCUGUGCUCAGCCUUUAUGCCACAGGCAGGACCACAGGUGUAGUGCUGGAUUCUGGGGAUGGCGUCACCCAUGCUGUGCCCAUUUAUGAGGGCUUUGCCAUGCCGCACUCAAUCAUGCGCAUCGACAUUGCUGGCCGAGACGUCUCUCGCUUCCUUCGCCUCUACCUGCGUAAGGAGGGCUACGAUUUCCACUCAUCCUCCGAAUUUGAAAUUGUCAAGGCCAUAAAAGAAAGAGCCUGCUACCUAUCCAUAAACCCCCAGAAGGAUGAGACACUAGAGACGGAGAAGGCGCAGUACUACCUGCCUGAUGGCAGCACCAUUGAGAUUGGGCCUUCCCGAUUCCGGGCACCUGAGUUGCUGUUCAGGCCAGACCUGAUCGGUGAGGAGAGUGAGGGCAUCCACGAGGUGCUGGUGUUUGCCAUUCAGAAGUCUGACAUGGACCUGCGGCGCACGCUUUUCUCUAACAUUGUCCUCUCAGGAGGCUCCACCCUUUUCAAAGGUUUUGGUGACAGACUACUGGGUGAAGUGAAGAAACUGGCUCCAAAAGAUGUGAAGAUCCGGAUAUCUGCACCUCAGGAGAGACUGUAUUCCACAUGGAUUGGAGGCUCUAUCCUCGCCUCCCUGGACACCUUUAAGAAGAUGUGGGUCUCCAAGAAGGAAUACGAGGAAGAUGGUGCCCGAUCCAUCCACAGGAAAACCUUCUAAUGUUGGGACAUCAUAUUUACCUCUCUCUGAAGUUAACUCCACUUUAAAACUCGCUUUCUUAAGUCGGAGUGUUUGCGAGGAACUGCCUGUGUGUGCGAGUGUGUGUGUGGGGACGAGUGUGUGCGCAUAUGCGAGUGCCGUGUGACCCAGGGAUCCCAGGCCCCAGAAAGGACGAUGAACUGCCCACGAUGGCGAAGGCCUGAGGCCUGGGGUUGACCACUAACUGGCCCAAGGAAAAGUGCUGGCAGAGAGCCCCACUCCUUCCUCAUCUGGGCCUUUGUCUGGCCAUGUGGGACUAUGUUUACUACCAUAGGGAGACAGAGAGGGAGGUAAACCCAAGCCCCAAGAGACCUUGUUGCUGCCCGUCCUAGCUGGGCUACCCCCACCCCAGCCCUUGGGUGCCCUGUGACCCAAGGCAGCCUCUGCUUCCCUUGCUCAUCCUGCUCUGGAUGCCUCUGGAUCAUGGAUGGAGGACUGCGGAUGGGGUAGAGUUCUGUCUGAUUUUGUUGCAGUUUAGGUUUGGGAGGCUAGAAAAGUACUCUAGGAGCUGUUGCUGAAAGUCUGGGGUCAGGAGAGGGCAGGAUGCCUUCAGCUGCACCUGGGGGCCAGCACCACACUGGGCAUUGGAGGAGGGCAGUAGUGCCACUUCCAAGUGGUGGCAGAGUUAAUGUUCCAUCCCUACCUCCAUUCCAGAGGGUCUUGGGAGAGUUUAAGGAGCCGUUUGGCUCCAGGCCCUAUUACUUGCUUUUCAUCCAUCCUUGGGCAAUGCCAUCUUCAAACAGUUUUAUUUAUUGAAGUGUUUAUUCAGUAUGGGGACUUGGAAAGGAGUUCACCGUCUCCUGCCCACCAGUCACCUCGUUCACACUAAUGUUUACAGCACCUAAGCUUAGCGUAGUAUCCAGGGCCCUGCCACUCCCUGCUGUGAACUGGCCAUAUCCAUAGGCCUCAGGACCAUUUGCGAUCAGAGGUUAUUUACAAAGUCACUCCCACCGGCCCCUUUCUUUCUCCCUCUUCUACUUGCUCACUGCUCUGGAAUCAACAGGCUGGUUGCUGGUUGUAUUUUCUGAAACAGGAGAUAGACUCACUCUUUUGCAGAGAUCCCUAGCAAAGAAAGGGUGUUGGGAACUCAGCCCCCAUCAACUGGAGAUCAAGAGCCACAAGUAACCAAGGUGCCUUUUCACACUCUAGCUGACGGGGUUGGGGGCUAGGUUGUAGAGGAAAGAAGGCCCCUUUCUGCUUUUCUUGACUUUGGGCUUGUGUGGUUAGGGAAGGAGGGUGACAGACUAGAACACCAGGAUCUGAUGGUCUCAGGCACAUCUCUCAUCCAGUGGGGCCAGGCACCUACCCUGGAUUGGGCUGGCCUAAAGGUGGCCCAAAAGCUUUUCAGCCCAGAUAGUGGAAAUGGGGGCUAGCAAAUCUUUACCGGCACCCUCACCUGUGAUACCAGGACCUGCCCCAAUCCCAGAUUCCAGGUAGUAUCCUCUCCCAUGCUGUCCAAUGACCAAAGGCCCUGCCAGGUGUGGGCCAUAGCAGCAGGUGUGUGUGAAAGCAAUGUGGCAACCCUCAGACUACAGUGUGCUUAACCAGCUCACCUCCCUUCUCUUAGCCCAAGCCUAUCCCCACACAGCCUCACACAAACCAUGUUGCCUGGUGGGGCCCAGUGUACUUAAAUAAAGUUGUUCCAAUAGACACAUGCAGGUCUCUGUCCGCAGCAGGUACUGGGUGGCAAGAGGGAGGAGCUGAGGGCCCUGAAUCUGAAAUGAUGACUAGACCUAGUCCAUCCUCUAGAUGGCACUGUUGCCCCAGACAGACUAGCCGGGGCUUAGCCCAAGUCCCAACCUGUUAGGUGGAUAUAAGGAAGAUGGAUGGCAUUCACACCAAAGCCCAGCUUUGGAAACGGGCCCAGCCCUGUGCACACACUCAAGCCCAUGGAUGAGACGCCACCCCAACUGAGGAGAGCAGCUCUUCACAUCCUCUAAGUCAGAGACUCAAAUCAUGCAUGUGGAUACGAAGCUCUGGAGCUUAUUAAAAUGUAGUUCCUGGGGCCCAUACUUAAGAUACUCUGAUUAAUAUUCUGUCCACUUUAUACUUGGGAAAAAAUUGCUAGGCACUUUAAAAAUGUUAACCCAUUUAUCCUCCAGCAUCCCUACAAAGUGAGUAUUAAAGUUACCUACUUUAUAGAUGGGUAAAUAAAGAGCCACUCUCUUGGCUAGGAUUUGAACCCAAGCAGUAUAGCCCGAAAGCCUACAUUCUUGGCCACUGUGCAGACCCUCAGAAAACCACUGGCCUAGAGUACAGGUUCCCAAUCAGGAUCGAAUUUGUACCCCCAGGAUGCAUUUGGCAAUGUCUGGUUAUCACAACUGGAGGGAGGAGGGGAAAUGCUACUGGCAUCUAGUCGGCCCAGACCAGGGAUGCUGCUAACAUCCACAACAAAGAACUAUUGGGCCUCAAAUGUCUCAGGUGUGGAGGCUGGGAAACACUCUCAGUCCCAGCUGCACAGUAUAACCACCACACAGCUUUCCAAAACCCAUCCCAGGCCAGACCCCAGUCCCAUGGACUCAGAAUCCUCGGGAAGAGAAUUCAGACCAGCAUCUUGGAAAGCUCCCCACGGACUCCCAAGGCUAAGGACCUCUGGCACAGAAGCGGCUGCUCUUCCCUGCCCACUGCGUUCAGCAGUAGGAUCUGGGAAACGCACCACAGCCUGACUGCAGGCCGGAAGGUCAGUUUGCUCCCAGGCACCUACACGGCCAAGGUCCACGUGCUCUCCCCACCACCCCAGUGAAUCUGAUGUGAGUGCCUUCCCAACCCAGUCAUCUCUGGGAAAAAACUCUCAGUGCUUCUCCUAUUGCAGACUCCUGUCCCACCAACCCCACACACAACACAGACCUCAGAAAUGGGAGUAGAAAUAACUGACUUUAAUCAGUCUGUGAUGAAACAAACAUCUUUAGAGGCUGGGUGGGGAUGGAGGAGCCCUGCAGCAGCAGAGGCAUGCUACCUCAGGCACAGCUGAAGCAGAGGACUCAGAAACCACUGGAAGGAUAGAGGGAGAGGGCAGGUGGGACUCACAGCUUUCCCUGAUUGGGUGAAAUGGUUCCUAAGCCUGCAUAGAGCGCCAGCCCCACCCAGGUAGUGGGAUAGGCCUCUGUGCCACACAGCAACCCAUGUGACUCCUCCCUUUCCGAUCCUCUUUCUCCUGCCCCAUAGGAGGAAGCAGGUCCCUGAGCAUAUAUGGCCCAGCCCUUGCCCAAGCUGGGUUGGAGAAACAGGAACUGAGGCCUCAGUGGUGCUCCUGGCUCAGCCACAGAAGCUCCCACUCUGCCAUCUGUCCUCCAGACUGCACCUUGGGAAGGCGAGGAGCAGGAUGUCAAGCUGGCAAAAAUGGCUUCUUCCCAAGGCAGCAAGCAGUGCCCUCAGCAGGGUGGCCUUUCCAUACCUUUCACACUGUCUUAACGUCCAGGGUUUGGGCCCGUGACAGGUUCUGGCGCUGGGCUUUGACCACGUGCAGGCGCCUCCCAUGCAGCGUGAACUGGGACCAGGUGAACAGCUGCAGCAGAGCACAGAUGAUGGGCACCAGCACCAGCAGAGGUGCUUAAAACAGCGCCUGGCAGAGAAGAUAUUCAACACAUAUCGAAUGAAUGAAUGAAUGAAUGAGCAAGCUUUGGAAGAACAGAAGAUCCAGAGACCCAGCUCCCCUGCCCCCAUGGGGAGAAACAAAGAAGGACUGGCAGCCAAGGUGGCCCAGCCUGUCAGCCAGUUGCCAUUCUCUCUCUCUCCCUGGACCCAGAGCCCAGUUGGCACACUGGGUAAG